AUGGCAGGACCGGAGCUGCUGCUUGACUCCAACAUCUGCCUCUGGGUGUUCCUGCCCAUCGUUAUCAUCACCUUCUUCAUGGGCAUGAUUUGCCACUACAUGUCCAUCCUGCUGCAGAGUGACAAGAAGCUCACCCAGGAACAAGUCUCCGACAGUCAAGUCCUAAUUCGAAGCAGAGUCCUCAGGGAAAAUGGAAAAAAAAUUCCCAAACAGUCUUUCCUGACACGAAAAUAUUACUUCAACAACCCAGAGGAUGGGUUUUUUCAAAAAACUAAAAGGAAGGUUGUGCCUCCUUCUCUUAUGACUGAUCCCACUAUGCUCACCAACAUGAUGAAAGGCAAUGUCACAAAUGUCCUCCCUCUGAUUCUUAUUGGUGGAUGGAUCAACAUGACAUUUUCAGGCUUUGUCAUAACCAAGGUCCUGUUUCCACUGACCCUCUGUUUUAAGCCUAUGCUACAGCAAGAAAUUGAACUACUCACAUUAGAUGCCUCCUGGGUGAGUUCUGCAUCCUGGUAUUUCCUCAAUGUCUUUGGGCUUUGGAGCAUUUACUCUGUGAUUUUGGGCCAAGAUAAUGUUGACCAAUCAUGGAUAAUGCAGGAACAGAUGUCUGGAGCAGCCAUGGCCAUGCUCACAGACAUCAAUAGAGCUUUUAAGACAGAGUGGGAGGCUUUGGAGCUGACAGACCACCAGUGGGCACUAGAUGGUGUCAGAAAGGAGCUCAUGGCCAAAGACCUCCACUUCGAAGGCAUGUUCAAAAAGGAAUUACAGACUUCUGUGUUUUUGAAGACGAAGCGGGGUUUAGCUGUGUCAGGAACUCGGUGUAGCGCUUAA